AUGUCUUCCACUCUCACCCGCUACACGCUUGGACAGGUGGUCGGGGCCGAGGCCGGGGCCGAGCUGAGUGCCGGCUGGAACCGCACCGUGGCCGAGGCCAAGGAGCAGGCCUUCUCCCGGCUGCAGGAGGAGCUUCGCAGCGCGCACCAGGAGUUGAGGCUGCGCGACGAAGAAGUCACGCGCCUGUCCAGGAUCCGCGAGCAGGUGGAGGCGGAGCUCGAGGAACUCACGGCCAGCCUCUUCCAGGAGGCCCACAACAUGGUGCGGGACGCCAACACGAGGCAGGCGGCAGCGGAGCGCAGCCUGGCCGAGGCCCGCAUGCAGGUGGAAGUGCUGACGGCGGAGGUGUCGGCCCUCAAGACCCUCGUGCUCACCUCGACACCAGCGAUGCCCAACCCUCAUCUCCACCCUCAGAUAGACAAGACCAAGUCGUGCGACGACAGCGGUGGUGGUGGACUUUUCCGUAAGCAUCGGCGGUCGCCUUCACAUUUCAACCUUAAAUAUGGAAGAGAGAACUCUCCACCUGACUCUCCUGUAAAGGAGAACCACUCACAAAGUGCUCCAGCUGGAACAUGUGUUCCGCCUGUUCCUCUGGAUCAGGUUGAACCAAAAGAUGGCAUUGAGGUUGAUCCAAAUGUGCACCGAGAAUUUUUAGUUUGGAGGCAGUGUCCAACCAUGGACAAGAGCACCCCAUUUGUUGCACGAGUGUACAGGGAAGAUAUAGACUUGUGCCUUGACUUCAACAAUCAUGAACUUGCUGAACGUGUUGGGCGAGCUGUUGAAAGUGGAAAUAUAUUCAUUGAAGCUGUUGGGGACCGAACCAAAACUGCUUUCCCUAAGAAAUGUGCCUUACUUGAGGUGCCACGUCAAUGUCAUUACAGAAUGAAGCUUGGUGAUCAAGAUUCAUGGCACAGUAUAUCACAAAUAUGCAGAAAUAGGAUCACAGCUGUGAUUGACUUUUUGAAUUACUUAAAAUACAUUGAACGGGGCCUUGUUAAAAGUUCAGUUCAUGAUGUGUACUGGGAAAUUGCAAGAUUACGUAAGGAAAUGUGCCUUGCAAGGCUUGGACUUUCCCUUAGUUCUUAAAUUAUUAUUAUGUGCCAAUCUGGAGGGACGAAAUACUCAGAAACACCAUGAACCCCACCUGCCUAAAAGUGUGCCUUGGUAUUUUCUGCUAUGAAAGCCCUUUAGGGACGGAUUUGCCCUAAAAAAAGCAACAUAUGAAACAACUGUGUCAUAAUUAAGCAAGAAAAAAAUCUCAGGCUAGGGUUAAAACUAAGCUUAUUAUUUAAUUUUUUGUACAUUGAAGUAAACAACUUUUUAGUGUACAUAUGAUCAGUCAAAAAUAUUUAUCUAAAUCUGAAGGAAUUAAUUGUUUUGACACCUAAAAGUUUACAGAGUUUCUGUUCUUGAAUCCAGUUAUAUUCAUCUCAUUUGCUUUUACUGUUAUUGUUUUUUAGCAUUAUGGCUGUUUUCAAAUCUCACAACAAUCAAUCGCAUCAUGGUUUUUUGUUUUGUUUUUUUCAUUUACUCUUACGACUUUGUGCCACUCUCCAUUUUUUUUUAAAGUGGAAGCAUUUUUUGUUGUUACAUUACUGCCAUGCUCAGUGUGCAGCUAUGAUUAAGUUAUCUAUUAUUGUGUCAAGUUUUGCUCACAUACGCUCAAACAUUUAGCAUUAGGUGGAUCAUAACACUUUUACUUGCCUGAAAUCAAAGGUGAAAAAUUAAUGAAGACUAAAGCAAUAUUCACCUUUUGUGCCUAUAGCAUGUAGCAGCUAGCUUUCCCAGAGCAGUACACAAUGUUAACCAAAAUUUGAAUCUCACAUGAUUUAAACAUUUGGUUAUUAUUGUUUCUAUAAUGAAUUUUAAGAACUUAAACUAAUACCUCCGUAUCUACUUAGUAAGAUGAUGCUCGAUUUUAAAUGAUCUUUCAAAAUACAUGUGAUUUUACACUCACGAGUGUGGAGUUAAUAUAUAUAAAACAAUAUUGACUGGUGAUAAUUUGUGAAAUAGAAACCAAGUUGUGUGUCUAGGGCAUCUAUUCAUCUAAAUAGCUGAAAAAUUCACAAAUUUAGAAUGUUUUAACAUAGCUUGUUGAGGAAUGACUUUUAUUUGGUACUUUGUUUCGAUUCUUCUACUUCUAUCCUGUAGAUACUACAUGUUCUACAAAGCUUCCUGAAAAAUCAAGUGUUUGUAAGGGCUUGUAAAAGCCCUUGAGGGAUAUGUUACAGAUCUGUAACAUACAUUUUUUUACCCACUCAUUUUGGGAUAUCAGCAGAUUUGCUGAUUUUUAAAGCCAUUAUUGUAAAAAGAUUCUUGUAUACAAUGCCACAUAUUUUGACCACCAACGAUAGUCUUGUUUUUCUCCUCUAAAUCUCGACUUAGUAAUUACUAUCUUACUGCAGUAGAUAGACAUAUAUUUGUGCCAAUUUUACUUUUAUUUGUGAGGAAUUGUUAUGCAGGUUGGUGGACUCCUUUUUUUGUAUUAUAUUAAAAUUUACAACUUUGUUGUUCUUCCAGUUCUAUGAGAUCCAUUCAUUGACUCUCCAUAAUGUACUCGUAGUGUGUGAAACAUCUCUUUUUAAAAAAAAUUUGUUACAUCUCAUUUUAUGGGUCCAUAUGUGUUAUUUAAAAACCAAAGAUUCUUAUGUAAUAGAGUAUGUGAUGUGAUGUAGGCUAAUAGACAUGAUUUAUACAUUUGUUGUUUGAUUUUGAUUUUAUAUUGAUGUAUUUGUGCUGAUUAGAGGAGAACUAUUCAUGUGAUGUUUUCUGAUUUGUCUUAUUGUACUCAUUUUUGAGGAAUAAAACAGUAUGAAUUAGUUAUGAAUAA